AAUCAUCCUAAUCAUCCGGCGAUGGAUCGGCCAUUGAUAACCUCCAUCAGAUCUUUCUAGCACCCGACCCGACUCCUGGAAGACCAUUUCCCUCAUGUUGAAGUGGAAAGGUUGAGAAACCGGAGAGAGCUAAUUCAAAUUUCACUCCGAAUUUAGAUCCCCUACGAAGAAGAAAUGCGUGUCCAUUUCCCUGAGGAAAUCAUCAUCCCUGUGGACAUCAUCCUGCAAAUCCUCCUGAGACUCCCUGUGAAAUCGGCGGUGAAAUGCACCGCCGUUUGCAAGACCUGGUACGCCCUCAUCAAGGAUCCCUCUUUCAUUUCCAAUCAUCUGCAGCAGGCUGCGUCUCUUUGCGACGAUCUUCUCCUUCUCAGGUUCACUAGAGAUAGACGAGAGUUUUAUCAUUUGCGUCGCGACAAUGACGCAUUUGAAGAGCUCAAGCAGCUCCAAGUGCCCUUCAGGUGUAGUUGGAUUUUUAGGCUUGUUGGUACAUGUAAUGGGCUGGUUUGUCUGGGAGAUGUUCAUAGUGAUGAUCACAAUAUCAUUUUGUGGAAUCCUUCCAUUCACAAACAUUUCAUUUUGCCCAAGCCUGAUUUUCCAUUCAAGAGCUGUGAGGAUUCUACCCUGGGUUUCGGGUUUGAUCCGGUAUCAAAUGACUACAAGGUACUUCUAGUUGUGUCUCAGGGCGAUAGAGAAGAGUUGACUGAAGUUUGGUUGUUUUCAUUAAAUAGGCGUUCUUGGAUGAGGCUUAGUGGCGUCUCUCCCAAGCAUUGUUGUUAUGCAUAUCGGGAGGCGUCCUUUGUGAAAGUUCACUUUGUACCUCAAAUGUCAUUGAUUAAAUAUGAAGAAUCCAUUGCCGUGGCUUCCAUUGGCACCUUUGAAGAUUUAGAUGACAAUCAGCUUGAGUUGUGGGUCAUGAAGGAGUAUGGUGUAGAUAGUUCGUGGACAAAGGUGUUACAUUCAAUUGAUGAAAACGGAGAGUUAGUUUUUGAUUCAUACUUGCUUGCCGUGAUUGGGGUUAGGAAGAAUGGGGAAGUUUUAUUGAAGGUGGGUGAGGAGCAUGGGAUUGGUUACGAGCUAGCUACACUGGAUUUGAACUGCGACCAACAGGAGCAGCAACUAAAGCGUCUUGGAAUCAGGACCGACCGUAGUCAUUCAUUUGUUGGAAACUUUGUGGAGAGUGUGGUGCUACUUGACAAAGGGGAACAAGAUGCUGAGGAGGAAGUCUGAAUAAAUGUGUAAUGUGCUUGUUUAAGGAUUGCGAAAGUGAAAUAUGAAGUUCCCAAAUGGAGUACAAGUAUGAGAACAACAACAUCCAACCCCAUUACAGGAGCUGAUAUGGACAU